AACAUUGUUGGAUGCCUUGAUGGCGACAGCCGAGCAUGCAAUUCCGGUCAGCGAGCAAGUGAUGGAGCUCCCAUCGCUUCCCCCAACCAGGGGUUGGAGGCCAUGAAAGAUAUUGUCUAUGGAUCGGUGGCUGGAAUGGCAGGUAAAUUGAUCGAGUAUCCCUUCGACACAGUCAAGGUUCGACUACAAUCACAACCCGAACACCUUCCCCUCCGAUAUACCGGUCCUCUGGAUUGUUUUCGCCAGUCGUUCCAAGUCGACGGCGUGCGAGGACUGUACCGAGGCAUUAGUGCCCCCAUGACCGGGGCCGCCGUGGAAACCAGCUGCUUGUUCUUCAGUUAUCGCCUUAUCCAGGAUGCCUUGAAGGCAAACGUCUUUCCCAAUGUAGAGCAGCUGCCCUUGUGGGUGCUGGUGGCGAGUGGAGCGGCGUCAGGUUCCGUCACAUCACUGGCUCUGACCCCGAUUGAACUCAUCAAAUGCAAGAUGCAAGUGCCCGUCGAGUCCGCAGUGGGGCACAAGGCCCCCGGGCCCCUUCUUCUCAUGGCCUCGAUCUUCCGUCAUGAGGGCAUCAUGGGCUUCUGGCGCGGUCAGAUGGGGACUUUGAUUCGUGAAACCGGAGGCAGUGCGGCAUGGUUCGGCGGCUAUGAGGGGGUCUCUUCUCUUUUCCGGAAAUACUCCUCUCGGUCUCAAUCAGCCACUGAAAGUCUCCCCGUCCAUCAGCAAAUGAUUGCGGGUGCCGCUGCGGGCAUCAGCUACAACUUCCUGUUCUUCCCCGCAGACACCAUCAAGUCGCGGAUGCAAACUGAGGAUAUUUCCCGACGUCCUGUCAAUGGAGCGCGGCAAUCUUUUUGGAGCGUGGGGCGUGCUCUGUGGCGUCAGCAAGGCCUCAAGGGUAUGUACCGCGGGUGCGGGAUCACCUGUCUACGUUCGGCACCUAGCUCGGCCUUCAUUUUCGCCGUCUACGAAGGAUUACGACAAAACUUUUGA